UUUGUCAAACCCCCCCUCUCUCAUCUUCUCUCUCUCUCUCUCUCUCUCUCUUUCUCUCUUUCUGUCUCUACUUUCCAUGGCUGAAGAGUUGGGAGGAGAUUUCUACUACCACCAACCCUUCCAAGAUGACCGGCACGGCGGCUUCCUCUACUCCACCGCCCAAGCUUCAUCCAUGGCGGAUUCUUCUUCCUUUCUUCAUCAUCAUAAUCACAAUCAGAUUAGCCUUCUCGAUCCUUCCAGCCCGUAUAUCAGCUUCACCGACUUCUUACAAGGAUCCAGCGACUUCGAAGCGUCCGCCGGCGUCGGAUUCUCCUCGUCUCCGCCGCCGUUUUCCUCGGCCAAAGACGGCGAGCGGAGGCCGGUGAAUGUGACGACGAUGAUGACGGAUGCCGGCGGCGGCGGUAGUUCUGAAACCCCAGUCGCCAUGACUCCUAACUCCUCCAUUUCCUCCUCCUCCACUGAGGCCGGCGGCGGCGAUAACGACGAUUCAAAGCACAAGAGAGAGAAGGUGGCGAAGGAGACCGAAGGAGAAGACGACGGCGAUGAUAAUAAUAGCUCCAAGAAAGAGAAUAAGGGGAAGAAGAAGGGAGAGAAGAAACAGCGACAACCCCGAUUCGCCUUCAUGACAAAGAGUGAAGUUGAUCAUCUUGAAGAUGGAUAUAGAUGGAGAAAAUAUGGCCAAAAAGCUGUGAAGAAUAGCCCUUAUCCAAGAAGCUAUUACAGGUGCACAAGUCAAAAAUGCCCGGUGAAGAAACGCGUGGAGAGGUCAUACCAAGACCCCUCCGUGGUGGUCACCACCUACGAAGGCCAGCACGACCACCACAUCCCCACCAACCUCCGGGGGAGCCUCGCCGGAAUGUUUCCGCCCUCCAUGCUACCGACCUCCUCGCUGCUCGGUGGACCACCGCCGCCACACGGCGGCAGCGGCGGCGCCCUCCCUCCGGAGCUGAUAAUGGCCCAGAUUAAUAAUCCGCUUCACCACCACCUCUACGGCGGCGCCGCCGCCUCCAUGAUGUUUCAGCCGCACCAAAAUAAUCUAACUCAAAUGCAUCAAAUCCACCCUGACUUUGGCUUGCUUCAAGAUAUGGUUCCCUCCAUGAUUUUCAAGCAAGAGCCAUGAGAGUUGAUGAUUGAUUAACCUUUAUCCAUUGAUCAUAAACUUCUUUUAUUAUUUUUUUUUUCACAUCUUUUUUUUUUUUUUUAAAUAUAGUUUUAAUGUAAUUCUCCUAGCUAGUUUAAUUUUAGGUGUUUUGAUUUUAUGAAAUAUAUAUACAGAUGUACCAUAUAUAUACAUGACAUGAUGUAUGCACUAUAUAUAUUACUUAGUACAUCAAUCAUAGUAUGGUGUACUUUAUGUAUAAUUUUUAUGUAACAUUAAUUUAUAUACCGGACUAA